AUGAGUGAAUUGCCUCCGGAGUCUAUAAUUUUAAAGCCAAAAAAAUAUUUGAAGCCCCCAGAACACCCUGGUCUGAUCCAACACGGCCCCGAAACUCGCCUUCUGAAGCUGACGCUCGCCCACAAUCGGAGCCCGGAUACGAGGAAGAAUGCCACCGCUUCAUCACAGAGGAGUAUAUCCCUAAAGCAGUGGCGAUCCAUCAACGCCAACAAUUACAGGGCUAUAGCUACCAUGAUCAGCUCACCCCCAAUGGCAGUCGAAACCAAUAUGGAAGAAGCACUUCUCCCCAACGCCAGUACGGAAUGUAUUGAGUACCGAGUGUGA